CUCUCUCUCUCAUCACGCUACUCCCUCCCUCGCUCGCAUCCGUUUCCGUUUCUUUACUUUAAUGGCGAUGAGAGAGAGAGAGAGAGAGUGCUUGAGUGAGUGAGAUCAGAGAGGCCCAUGCUUCGCUUUGUCCGCUAAUGGCCGCCCUCACCUCCUCAGCGUCUCCCCCUUUUUAUUUCGAACCCGUGCCCACUCGCACGCUUCCUUCCGUUUUCCCUCUCUUAUUCAAAACUCGGCUGCUCUAACUGCCGUCACCUCGCCUCACUCGUGUCUCCUCUCACUCCACCAGCGCCCGCCCGCACCCCAGGUCCGGCGAUGGGCAAGGCGGCGCGGUGGUUCCGCAGCUUCCUGGGCAAGAAGGAGCCAGCCAAGGACCAGAGGCGGCAGCGGGAGGACCAGCAGCCGCCGCCCCCGCCGCCCAGCGCCAAGCGGUGGAGCUUCGGCAAGUCCUCCCGGGACUCCGCGGAGGCCGCCGCCGCGGCCCAGGCGGCCGUCCCGGCCGGCGCCGGCGGCAACGCGGCGAUCGCGCGCGCGGCCGAGGCCGCGUGGCUCAGGUCCGCGGCCUACGCCGAGACGGACCGGGAGCGGGAGAGGGAGCAGAGCAAGCACGCCAUCGCCGUGGCCGCGGCCACCGCGGCGGCGGCGGACGCGGCGGUCGCCGCGGCCCAGGCGGCCGUCGCCGUCGUGCGGCUCACCAGCAAGGGCCGCGCCGCGCCCGUCCUCGCCGCCGCCGCCGUCAGGAUCCAGACGGCGUUCCGGGGAUUCCUGGCGAAGAAGGCGUUGCGCGCGCUCAAAGCGCUGGUGAAGCUGCAGGCGCUGGUGCGCGGCUACCUCGUGCGCAGGCAGGCGGCCGCCACGCUCCAGAGCAUGCAGGCCCUCGUCCGCGCGCAGGCCACCGUGCGCGCGCGCCGCGCCGGCGUCCCCGUCCUUCCGCACCUCCACCACCCGCCCGUCCGGCCGCGCUACUCGCUGCAAGAGCGGUACGCGGACGACACGCGGAGCGAGCACGGCGCGGCAGCAUACAGCAGCCGGAGGCUGUCGGCGAGCGUCGAGUCCUCGUCGUACGGGUACGACAGGAGCCCCAAGAUCGUGGAGGUGGACCCGGGCCGGCCCAAGUCGCGGUCGUCCUCGCGCCGGGCGAGCUCCCCGCUGCUCGAUGCCGGCAGCGGCGGCGGCGAGGAGUGGUGCGCCAACUCCGCGUGCUCGCCGCUGCCGUGCUACCUGUCCACCGGGCCGCCGCAGCCGCCGCGCAUCGCCGUGCCGACCUCGCGCCAGUUCCCGGACUACGACUGGUGCGCGCUGGAGAAGGCCCGGCCGGCGACGGCCCAGAGCACGCCGCGGUACCUGCACGUGCACGCGCCGGCCACGCCGACCAAGUCCGUGGCGGGCUACUCCCCGUCGCUCCACGGCUGCCCGAACUACAUGUCGAGCACGCAGGCGUCGGAGGCCAAGGUGCGGUCGCAGAGCGCGCCGAAGCAGCGGCCGGAGCUCGCCUCCUGCGGCGGCAAUGGCGGCGGCGCGCGGAAGCGGGUGCCGCUGAGCGAGGUGGUGGUGGUGGAGUCGUCCCGCGCGAGCCUGAGCGGCGUCGUGGGAAUGCAGCGCGGGUGCGGCGCCCGGGCGCAGGAGGCGUUCAGCUUCAAGACGGCCGUCGUCGGCCGCAUCGACCGCACGCUGGAGGUGGCCGGCGUCGAGAACGACCGGCUGGCGUUCCUGCAGAGGAGGUGGUGAUGAGAUCACCAGGCUUGUUGCAUCGGGGAUGCCAGCGAGACGACGAGAGCUUUGGGGGGAGUAAUUAGCAAUAAGAAUGCGUUUUCAUGUGUUCUUGCGACCUCUCGUCCUUUUCGUUCUUCUUGUUUUUGUGUGUUUGCAAUGUGAUCAAUCAUGCAACCUUUGUGUUUCUUCUUUUCUUUUCCUUUUUUUAAUGCUUAUUUCUGGCAAACAAGUGUACGAGGAAAAUUUGAUUCAUACUGCACUUGGGAUGUAAAUUCUUGCUCUUAUUAUCCAUGAUCUUCUUGGAUUGUGUC